ACAUGGGAGAAAUGAGACUGUUGACUUGUGCCAGGAGAGAUGGCACUUUUGGGGCCAUUGGCAGUGUUCAUGAUCGUGAGUGCAUUUCAACUGAUCAGAUGUCAACCGAAUUCACCUUGUCCCAGAAUCUUUCACUACAUCUACAAUGGCGAGGAGUGGCAGGGCGCUAUCGAAGUCACUAGUCCACCAAUGGGGGUCACAGUGAAUCUCGCUGUGGUCCUCUUAGUGCCGCAGAAGAUCGCCACUGAGAAUCUGGGCAGUCUGGGGCUGUGGAAGAAUAGGGAGGACACCCUCCGGCGCAUCGCUCAUCAUCAGGCAGUGCGGUAUCGCGUGAAAUUCCCACCGCACACACCAAUUCCGAGAGUGUCGUCUAUCAUCUACAAUGGUCACCGAAUCUGCACUAAUAAACCCAAUUACAUUGAAGGUCUUCUCAUGACGCAAAUCCGUUUGGAGCACACACUUUACACUAAACUGGCCAAGGAGAGAUUUUCAGCUGGAGAAAAUCACGACAAGAUCACAAAAGCUGACCCACAAGUCAUCUUGCAGAAUCGCUUUGACGACACUGACAAUGAGUGCGGGAAGAUUCACGACAAGUUCACGGUGACAAAUCUCAUGAUGUUUGGCAAUGAAAUGCAGAGAGGCUCCUGGCCAUGGUUGGUGGCACUGCACGCCUAUAAAACCACAAACUUGUCCUUCAUAUGUGGAGGAACACUGAUAUCGGAAAGGAUUAUCCUGAGUGCUGCUCAUUGCUUGCACAACAGGGAUGAUUAUCUCUAUGCUGCGUCAGAUGUUAUAGCCUUUCUGGGAAAGCACAAUCUUCGGAAGCUGACUGAGAAAGACGUUGUCAUCUCUGAGAUAUCUUCAAUUCACAUUCAUCCGGAUUUCUUGAGAAACAACGGCGGAGCUUUCGACGCUGACAUUGCUGUUCUCGUCAUGCGGGAUCCUGUAGAAUACCAGAAGUUCAUCCAGCCAGCUUGUCUCUCGCGCUCUUCAAUCCUCCCUGCAGGACGCUUAGGAGUGAUUGUGGGCUGGGGACGAGAUGAACACAAUAAUAUCUUGACAUUUGAGCCUCGACGUCUGGAGAUACCCAUCGUUUCUGAGACAGAAUGUCUCGCUGCCGGGAAAAUCUUCAGCAUCAUCACAACACCCAGAACUUUCUGCGGUGGCUGGCGAGAUGGGAAACGUGGGCCCUGCCAUGGAGACUCCGGAAGCGGUCUCUUGAUAUACGAGGAUCACAGAUGGCAACUUCUGGGGAUCAUCUCGGUGGCAGUGAAACAUCCCAUCUCUGGACUCUGUGAUCUUAGCCAAUAUGUUGUUUUUACGGAUGUAUCGAAAUUUGUGCAGUGGAUUGAACAAUUCUGAGGAGCA